AUGGGACAGCCACAAUCAACCGAUACUGGAGUUGUCAUGGAUACCCCAAAAAGUUACCCUAACAACCAACCUCGUCCUGCUAAACCAGCACUUAAGAAACCACCACCUAACAUGGGUUCAUUUUUCGAUGCACAAAUGGCAGCACCAAUGCCACAUGCUCAAGCACGAAAGCCAAAUCGACCUAAAGACGAUUUCAAUUUUUAUUUUGAAGUUGCCUCUGUUACGCCUCAACCAGUGACGAAUACUAAGUCUAGAUCUCAAAACUCCAACUCAUCUUUAAAAACCUCAUCUAAGAAGUCGUCUUCUCUAUACCCUUCAUCCACGCAACUUUCGCAAAAAAAGAAAGGCACACCUACCAGCUCUUCCGCAUCUUCUAUCGCUAGCUCAACUCUCCCCGGCGAUUUAAAUGAAUCUUCUAUCAAAAAUAGCAAAACAGAAACAAAGACAUCUAAUUACCUUGUCAUACAGAACAGAAAGUACUGGAAGGGACAAGGUUCUCAGAAUUUCAUUUUGCCUUAUGAUGAUGAUGAAUCAGACAGACUUAUGACACUGCAUUAUAUCUUGAAAUCAACUUUUCAAGGUAACUUCACAGCUCCUGUUUACCCAUUACUUGAACAAAAUGUGCGUAGAGCAAAAGCACUUGAUAUUGGUUGUGGUGCAGGCACCUGGAUCCUUGAAAUGGCUACAGAAUUCCCUAAUGCUGAAUUUUAUGGUGUAGACGAAUGUCCCAUGUUCCCAACACAUAUUAAGCCAGGCAAUUCUCAUUUCUUGGCCCAUAACGUUUUGAAGGGAUUACCCUAUGAAGAUAAAACGUUUGACUUUGUAUAUAUGCGAAAUAUGAUCUUGUAUUUCACACCAGAAGAGCUUUCCAGUUUGCUUAUGGAAAUUUCCCGAGUAAUGAAACCUGGUGCUUAUUUCGAAAUCAUAGACACAAACUAUACUGUUCGUCAUGCUGGUCCUAUUACGAGCAAAGUAAUUAACACUGAUUUGAAAUCUUUAUUAUAUGCUGGUUCACUUGCAACAAAAGCUACUCAACAUGAUUCAACUACAAGUCAUCCUAUUUUCAGCUAUUUAACGUUGGCAACAUCCCCACAAAAGCCUGCUACUUCAUUUAUUGGCAGCUUUAUUGACAUCUCUCAAGAACAUGCUACUCUUCCUCUUGGUUGGGGUGGAAACCAAAUCAGUACACUUCAUGCAAAGAACUUUAUGGGAUUCUUGACUGGCCUCCAAUCAAAGAAUCAAGAAAUUCAGGUACCCAUGAACAAGCAUAUGAUUGACGAUGUGAUGGAUGAAUGUGAACGUUACAAGUCUUAUCUUGACUGGUUUUCUUGUUAUGCCCGUAAACCUCCUAUGGAUGAUGAGCACAUUGACCAAAGCACACUUGAUUCUAUACAUGAAUUUGUAGAAGGCUUUGUUGAUGUAUGA